AUGGCAGGAGCCACCAAGAAGCCGCUCCCCGCCGAGCCGUGGAUCCCGCCACCUGGGGCGGCGAGCGCCGCUGGAUCGGGCCGCGUCGAGGUCGAGACCGACCUCGAAGCGUCUCGUGCGGGUGUGGAGCGGCGGCGUGCUCUGCGGCGGGCUGCUAGGCGCCGGGUCGCGGGUGAGACCCCGAGCGAUGGCUACUUGGAGCGCUCCACCGCGUCGGCGACUGUGGCUAGGCAGCAUCGUCUCUCGGAGGCCUCUUUCGUGGAGUGGGCCGCCGAGGCCAACCGCUGUGCUGGCCCAGCCUCUCCCGCCGCUGUCGACCUCUCGCUCUCGGCGUACUUCGACUACCUUUACCUGGGUGGAUGCGAGCCGUGGGAGGGGCGGCAGGCUCUGCAUGGGUUUGCGCACGUCCACCGCUUCCCGCGGCCCAAGGACACUUUCCCGCACGCCGUGAAGGCGCUCGCUGGUUGGCUCAAGCGCGCACCCGAGUCCAGUCGCGAUCCUUGCCCGUGGGAGGCGCUCGCGCUGCUGGCAACCUGGUUCAUCGGGCUCGGGAACCUCGCCGGCGCCCUGGCUGCUGCGUGCGCCGUGGUGCAGUUCGGCGUCUAUGGACGGCCAUCCGCGACGCUGGCCCCGACGCUGGAUCACAUUGUCUCGGGCUCCAGCGCCGCCAACCGCCGCUACAACCAGCUCGCCGUCAUCGUGGCACCGAGCGGGCUUGGGCGCAAACCAGCCAAGAACCAGCAUUACGAUGACACAGUGAUCGUGGGCGGGAUGAGCCCUGAGCGCGCCUGGAUCAGGACCGCGCUGGAGCGGCUCAUGGCUCGAGCCAAGCGGUUGAAGCUGAGCUCGCUAUUUGCGGGCCUUGAUUUGCCGACAUACGAAGCGCUGUUCCGCCGUGGCUCUCAG